ACAGGUGAACAGAGCAGACAACAAAAUCUCACACACAUCCACAGACAUAGACCAAGAUAAAAUCCAUUAUGAGUAAAAGACUGUUAUAAUGAGCAUUAUAAUAAAAGGCCAUUUAGUAAUCAAAAAUGCAAGUACAUUCAAAAGCCAAAAGAAAAGAGGUGGGUCUUGAGCUGUGCUUUGAAAGACUCUGUAGAGAGAGCAGAUCUGAUGUGGACAGGCAGUUUGUUCCACAGACUAUAGGGCCCGACUGGUGCAUUUAGUUUAUUAAAAAAAAGUCACCAAAAUGUGCUUUUCUUAUUUCUCAGGAACAGCAGUGGUCGCUCUUGUCCUCCUGAAUAAUGAUCCACCCUGGUCCUGCUCAGGAGGGCUUUAUUAAAAGCAGCAGUGAUGAGAUGACUUAAUUGUGUUGCACGCUGGGUAUCCUGCGAGGUCUUAGCGUUAAGCGCCUAUAGAGGAUUCUAUAUUCUAUAUUCCAUGGAGUCUCUCAUCAUCAGGCCGCGCAGUAACGCACUGAUCACCAUUGGCAUCAUUAUAGCCGGUAUUAUUAUUAAGAGGGGGGAAAAAAUCCAGAAAUCAAUACAGGAUACCUUUUGCAGCGGUAGUGAAAACGAGGGAGAUGGGGGGGCUGGUGGAGGAGGAGGAGGAGAGGAGGAGGAGGGAUGGAUGGAGGGAGGGAUGGAGGUGCGGGGGUGGGGGGGGGGGGGUGGUGAUGUGUGAGUAGUAGCGGCUCCUCUCUCGCCUCAAUGUUGCGGCCAGCCUAGUGGCAGAUCGCUACAAUCCUGGAGGGAGCCGGGUCGAAUGAGCUAUUGGGGGGUUCCCAAAUAAUAACGGGGACAAAACAGACAGACACAAAAAGACACACAGACGGAUGGACGGAGAUAGGCAAGUGUUAACCGAUAAUAAACGCGACCGGAUUCUACACGCUUUCUUUAUUCCUGUUUUAGUGUUUUUUUUUAAAAUAUUUAUUUAUUCGCUGUAUUUAUUUAUUUAUUUAUUUAUUUAUCUAUCGAUUGAUUGCGUUUUAAUUACUGCCUUGUGACACAGCGCGAGGGAGGAGGAGCGUCAGGGCCAAGCGCGCGCGUUGUGUGCGUGUGUGUGUGUGAGAGCGUGAGUGUGUGUGUGUGUGUGUGUCCGUGCAGCCUCACUUUGUUUAUGUAUUUUUGUUGUUGAUGAUUUUUUUUUUAAUGAAGCUGUUUUUUUAAAUGCGCUCGCGACGCGAUCCGCAUGCUUUUGCGCGAGCGGCUGAAUGUCUCCUCUAUGUAGCCUUCACGAGGAGAGAGAGGAAGGAGCGCGUGCAGCUAAAGACCAAAUACAACACUAGAUCAAACCAAAUACUACAGAAAUCCAAAUAAGACUUUCUAUAAUAAUAACUCCGCUGGCCUUGUUUACACUGUCUCUGUCUUCUUUCUAUGUGUCCUCAUUUGCUGUUUUUUAAGCGAAUACCAAAGCUGGUGAUGCUAUACAGGAGGAGGCUAUAGCGACUGUUCUCAUGCCUUUUUCAACACCUAUAUAGGAAACAUUACUGAGGAGUGAGAGAGAGAGGAUCAAAUAAGGCCUCUAUGUUUACUCAAGGAGAACGCUUUUAGCAGUGCAAAAGGUAACCCGAGAGACCGCAGCCUUUUUAUUCUAAAGCCAAUAUACAACAGGCCUGUAAUUGUAACACAACUUUUCCUGCAGCCUGUAGAAGAAGUGAGGUCCGAUCUCCAUCUCUAUCCGUCUGUGUGUUAUAGUCUGGACUGUAUAAAAGCUGCACUCAAGGGACCAUCCUAUACACAUAUAUGUUCUAUGCACAUUUACAACCAAAACUAACCACCAGUCGACGUCCACACAUGUAAAUAAAAAGGCUGCUACAUGUGUACUCUCGUUGUGAGCUCUCCAAACCAAAUAUCCUCCCAAAGCUGUCUGCCAGAGAGGCUUCAGAAGAGGACCGAGCUUAUUACAGCAUUACUUCUGUUCCAUUAUUUGCAUCAAAACAAGAAGCCGGAGGAAGAUCAUGUUUGUCCCCUUGCCGGUUCCGUUCGUGUUUCAGAGAACUGCUCCUGACCUCAACGCCUGGCGUCUCAAGUCCCCUCUGGCUCUCCGAUCCAACUCCGAUAUCAGGAUGUCAAAGCCAGUAGAGGUCGAGAAAGUCGGGGCCGACUCACCGCUAGAGGGCACAGAUUCAGAGCGGAAUGGACCUGAAUCAAAUCACCAGGCUCAUUCAAUGAAAGUCAAUCCCUUUUCCCUUUCACAAACCCUGAGCCACACCAAGCAUAAGAUGGAGGAGUGUGGUGAGAUGUCCCCGGCCCUUCCUAUGUCUCACGGCCCGACCCCCUCACAGACGGCCCUGCAGCAUACACAGCUCAUGCUGACCGGCUCCCAGCUAGCAGGGUUGACAGCUCUGUUGCCAGCGCAGCAGCAGCUGUUGCUGCAGCAGGCUCAGGCGCAGCUCCUGGCUGCAGCUGUGCAGCAGUCCAGUGCAGCCCACGCCGCUCACGCUGCCCACGCAGCCGCCCAAGCCAAUCAGCAAGCUCAGGCAGCCGCAGCAGCAAAUCAGCAAGCCCAGCAGCAGCAGCAGGCGGGACAAACAGGGCAGCAGGCCCAGUCGCAGUCCCAGGGACAGGGACAGAGCACACAGGAACAGACAGUCCAGAGUGUCCCUGUCCCACCUCCUCCACCCCAGCUCACCCUCUCCCAGCCAAUCCAGCUCACCGCCCAGGACAUCCAGCAGUUGCUGCAGCUUCAGCAGUUGGUGUUGGUGCCCGGCCACUCGCUCCCGUCUCCUGCCCAGUUCCUCCUCCCACAGGCACAGCAGGGCCAGCAAGGACUCCUAUCGACACCAAAUCUCAUUUCGCUACCUCAGCAAAACCAAGGGAGCCUGCUGUCUGCUUCAACUAGAAUGGGACUCCAAGCACAGCGAGAUAAGAGCGUGGAGGUGGGCGGUGUGACCACGGUGCCCUCAGCGAACCCUCACCCCGAGGAGCCCAGUGACCUGGAGGAGCUGGAACAGUUCGCCCGCACUUUCAAACAGAGACGCAUCAAACUGGGCUUCACACAGGGGGACGUUGGUUUGGCCAUGGGGAAGCUGUAUGGCAACGACUUCAGUCAGACCACGAUUUCCCGCUUUGAAGCCCUCAACCUGAGCUUUAAGAACAUGUGCAAGCUGAAGCCACUGCUGGAGAAGUGGCUCAAUGAUGCAGAGACCAUGUCCAUAGACUGUACCCUGCCCAGCCCCAGCUCCCUGUCCUCUCCCUCUAUGGGCUUCGACGGUCUUCCUGGUCGCCGCAGAAAGAAGAGAACCAGCAUUGAGACGAAUGUACGCGUGGCCCUGGAACGCGCAUUCAUGACGAACCAGAAGCCUACCUCAGAAGAGAUCCUGCUGAUCGCAGAGCAGCUCACCAUGGAGAAGGAGGUGAUCCGGGUCUGGUUCUGCAACCGCCGGCAGAAAGAGAAACGCAUCAAUCCCUCCAGUGCCACCCCUCCCCUGCCCAGCCAGCCCCCCACUGCCCAACCAACGCACAAACCGCCCUGCUACAGCCCUCACAUGAAGUCUGAAUCAGACUUUCUUUCUCUCUGCCAGAUGUCCAGCCAGCUGUCACAGGCCGUGACCAGUCUCAGCACAACAGUGACCAUGUCCCCCGUCUGCCCCAUGACUUCCAGCCUCACCUCCACCCACCCCUCUCUCAGCUCCGCACCCUCCUCGGUGACUCCUCCUCCCCGCAGCACGGCCAGCCCAGCCACUCCCAGCCACAGCACACUCAACCUGAACACAGGCUUAUGGCGUAUGGGUAAAAAGAACGGUGACGUGUCUAACUACAUCACCGAUUUCGCUGCAAACUUAAGGAACACUGUGAUGGGAGUUAACACAGGGAUGAACCAAGCCCUCCUCGGUAACAAUCCCCUGGCCACUAUCCAAGCCCUAGCAGCCAGUGGUGGCCAGCUGCCUCUUUCCAGUCUUGAGGCGGCCAGUAAGGUGAUGCUGGGGGCCUCUGCGGGCCAGGCAGGGUGCCUCCCCUCCUCCCUCUUCCUCAACCACCCCGCCUUCCUCCACAUGGGCCAGAACCCCGGCACUGGACUGCUCAGCGCCGCCGUAGCCAAAGCCUCCCAGGCCUCCCCCUUCACCUCGGCCAGCAGCAUCAGCCCCACCCCCUGCUCCCCCUCCCCCUGCUCAAGCCCCGCCUCUUCCUGCUCCUCCAGCGAAAUGGCACACAGCCCGCCCUCUCUGGGCGGGGCCAAGAUUGAGUGACCGCGCCAAGGGCCAAUCAGAGAGGAGGAGGAAGGAGGAAACGAGAACCUCGCCUUUCACACCAAAGCUAUCUCUUUCUCUCUCUUGCGCUCUUCUUCCGUUAUUUUUUUCGCAAUGGCUCUCUCUCUCCUUCUCUCCCAGUCUUUCGAUGCCAAAAAUACACAGAAUGAAAGAGGAGAGAGGGAGGGAAAGAGGUGAAAGAGGGGAGAAGAAGGGGGGAGAAGGGGAAGAUUGAAACCAAAAAUCUUUAUCUAUCCAAACAGAUGGAGAGGAGGCAACGUGGGACCUUUUUGUCAAUAACACGUGAUAUCGACUCCACUCUUUCUCUCUGAAGGAAAACAAACCAAUGACUCUUUAACGAAGAGACGGAAGAGGAGCAUGUCGAAGUGCAUAAACCAAAAAUGACAAAAAGAUAACUUUACUAUGUGACAAAGGAAUGGCGGCAAGGACAAAAAAGAAAAUGGAGAGGAGGACUGUGCUUACGUUUUUUAUUAUUUCGAAAAGCUGCGGGUCUGAAGGAAGAGGAGUAGGGAGGAUGAGUUUAAACCAAAAAUUUACCUGAGGAGGAGGAGGAGGAGGAGGAAUACACAAUGACAAAAAAAAAAA